CUGAGAGGUGUAGCUGAAUGCGGACCGUGAAGGCAGCAUUAAUGUGUCACAUGACAGGCAGCCUCUCCGACUGAGCAGAGACACAUCAAAUAAUCAUGCCCACCUCGCAGUCUCCCCAGGACGAACAGGAGAAGCUUCUGGAUGAAGCGGUGCAGGCUGUGAAGGUCCAGUCCUUCCAGAUGAAGCGAUGCCUGGACAAGAACAAGCUGAUGGAUGCCCUGAAGCACGCCUCCAACAUGCUGGGGGAGCUCCGGACCUCCAUGCUGUCUCCAAAGAGCUACUAUGAGCUCUACAUGGCUAUCUCUGAUGAACUGCACUACCUGGAAGUGUAUCUGACUGAUGAGUUUGCCAAAGGACGUAAGGUGGCAGAUCUGUAUGAGCUGGUGCAGUACGCAGGCAACAUCAUCCCCAGACUCUACCUGCUCAUCACUGUGGGGGUGGUGUACGUGCGCUCCUUCCCUCAGUCCCGUAAGGACAUCCUGAAGGACCUGGUGGAGAUGUGUCGGGGGGUCCAGCACCCUCUCAGGGGCCUCUUCCUCAGGAACUACCUCCUGCAGUGCACCCGCAACAUCCUGCCAGACGAUGGAGAGCAGCCAGAGGGAACAGAGGAGAUGACUGGUGACAUCAACGACUCCAUCGACUUUGUCCUGCUCAACUUUGCUGAGAUGAACAAGCUGUGGGUGAGGAUGCAGCACCAGGGACACAGCCGAGACCGAGAGAAGAGGGAGAAGGAGCGGCAGGAGCUGAGGAUCCUGGUGGGAACCAACCUGGUGCGCCUCAGCCAGCUGGAGGGGGUCAACGUGGAGAAGUACAAACAGAUUGUUCUCUCAGGAGUGCUGGAGCAGGUGGUGAACUGCAGAGACUCUCUGGCUCAGGAGUAUCUCAUGGAGUGCAUCAUUCAGGUUUUCCCAGACGAGUUCCACCUUCAGACCCUCAACCCCUUCCUGCGCUCCUGUGCUGAUCUCCACCAACACGUCAACGUCAAGAACAUCAUCAUCGCCCUCAUUGACAGACUGGCUCUGUUCGCUCAUCGAGAAGACGGGCCCGGCAUUCCAGCUGAGAUCAAACUGUUCGACAUCUUCUCUCAACAAGUAGCCACCGUCAUUCAAUCUCGCCAGGACAUGCCCUCAGAGGACGUGGUCUCUCUGCAGGUUUCUCUCAUCAACCUGGCCAUGAAGUGCUACCCUGACCGUGUGGACUACGUAGAUAAAGUCCUGGAGAGUACUGUGGAGAUCUUCAACAAGCUCAACCUGGAACACAUAGCGACUAGCAGCGCAGUGUCCAAGGAGCUGACCCGCCUGCUGAAGAUCCCCGUGGACACCUACAACAACGUCCUGACGGUGCUGCAGCUCAAACACUUCCCUCCGCUCUUCGAGUACUUCGACUUCGAGUCACGCAAGAGCAUGAGCUGCUACGUGCUGAGCAACACGCUGGACUACAACACCACCAUCCUGGCCCAGGAGCAGGUGGACGCCAUCCUGUCCCUGGUAUCCACACUGAUCCAGGACCAGCCGGACCAACCCGCUGAUGACCCUGACCCAGAGGACUUUGCUGAGGAGCAAAGCCUUGUGGGACGUUUCAUCCACCUGCUCCACUCUGAGGAUCCGGAUCAACAGUACCUGAUCCUGAACACAGCCCGGAAACACUUUGGUGCGGGGGGGAACCUGCGGAUCCGCUACACACUGCCCCCCCUGGUGUUCGCUGCCUACCAGCUGGCCUUCAGAUACAAGGAGAACUCUUCAUCGGAUGACAAGUGGGAGAAGAAGUGUCAGAAGAUCUUCUCGUUCGCCCAUCAGACCAUCAGUGCUCUUAUCAAGGCGGAGCUGGCCGAGCUGCCUCUGCGCCUCUUCCUGCAGGGGGCGCUGGCCGCAGGGGAGAUCGGCUUUGAGAACCACGAGACUGUAGCUUAUGAGUUCAUGUCCCAGGCCUUCUCUCUGUACGAGGAUGAGAUCAGUGACUCCAAAGCGCAGCUGGCAGCCAUCACGCUGAUCAUCGGGACCUUUGAGCGGAUGCGGUGUUUCAGCGAGGAGAACCACGAGCCUCUGAGGACUCAGUGUGCGCUCGCUGCCUCCAAACUGCUGAAGAAGCCCGACCAGUGCCGGGCCGUCAGCAUCUGCGCUCACCUCUUCUGGUCCGGACGCAGCACCGAGAAGAACGGGGAGGAGAUCCGCGACGGUAAGCGUGUGAUGGAGUGCCUAAAGAAAGCCCUGAAGAUUGCCAACCAGUGUAUGGACCCCUCGCUGCAGGUCCAGCUCUUCAUUGAAAUCCUCAACAGAUACGUCUGCUUCUAUGAGCGGGAAAACGAUGCGGUCACUGUCCAGGUAUUAAACCAGCUCAUCCAGAAGAUCAGGGAAGAUCUCCCUAACAUGGAGGCCAGCGAGGAGACGGAGCAGAUCAACAAACACUUCCAAAACACACUGGAGCACCUGCGACUGCAGAGGGAGUCCCCUGAGGCCGAGGGGCCCGCCUAUGAGGGCCUGGUGCUUUAAAACUAGAUGUUUAACUAUAUUAUGAAUACACUCACAAGAACACAUUCAAUCCCAUCAUGUAGGAUGGGAAUAACAAUAAAUGUCAAGAAGAGCUAAAAGAACUCAUUCCUUCAUUUUAUAAUUAUUAUAAUUAUUGUUAAUUUUCUGCAUAAUUCCCUCCUCACUGUCCCUCACUAUAGGACGUGUUUCUGCAGCAGGCUGGAGAUGUUACAUUUGAAGAAGCAAGCUUCAGUGUGUCCUUUCUAAAGUCCUGCUCCAUUGUUCUGUCUCUAACCCGUAUCAUUUCAUGUCAGUAGUAGACUUACUUGCUGCUCUAGGUGUUUCCACUGAGUCAUCACUUGUUCACAUCUUCCCAUAUUGAGAAGUGAAUGUAUUAGCGUGAGUGUAUUAUGGCUACAGAAUCUAGCAGUGGUUUUACAGCUGUGUUGCAUACAAGCUAGUUCCCCCCUUGGCCCUACAGGAUAGGCACUAACUGUUGAUGUUAGAACAGAACGUCUCUACAUCUUGCCAGCCUAUUCAGUUCAGAGUUGUGUGGCAUGAUCCUCAAUCCUUCUGUACGAAAUUACAAAUGACCUCAAAAAUCGAGUUAUUUGCAGGUGGAGAAAUAGUAGUAUUUUUCGAAAGAGUCUAUCCUCAUACUAAAGCAGUGCUUCUUUUUAACAACAUCAGAUGUAUCUCUCCAUCUCUCUAUAAACUCCAUAAUGUAUUUUAUUUCCGGACUCCUCCCCAAUGGAUUGAGAGCUGCAGCAUGUGUGUGCAUGCUUCAGUGAGCUUGUACAGGCUUGGUUUUUAGUUUGCUGUACAUGAAUACAACAAACAAUAAUGUCUGACUGUUCUAUCAUUUAGUUUUUCAAUGAGAUCCUGUUGCUCAGUGACGCUUGUCUCAGACAAAUCUGUUGUGGGGGGUGCAGGGUUCCUCAGGUCUGUGUGCUAGUUGACAAGUUGCCAUGGUGAGAUCAUGAUGAUGUACAUGUUUGCUGCAGCAUUCCACAUUGUCUGCUGAUUCCUCUUUCUUAGCUAUUAUUGAUUUGUUCUCUCCCCUUUUUAAAUCUGUGUGUAAACCCACAUGUAAAUCAGAUGAAUAAAAAAGCAGAUGAAAUAGCAAUUGUCAUUGUCAUUUGCUGAAAUAAAAUUGAAAUUAACAAUA